AUGGCCCCCCGCGCGAGCUCGCCGGCGCUCUCCGAAACCGAGUUCGACAUUUUCGAUGCCCUAGCAGGCGGCGAUGACAUUCCACAAGAGACGGACCUGAACGCAGAUCUGGGCUUAGAUCUUGACGUUGGCAGUGAUGAUGGAUCCAACGACGAGGCUUUCAUCGCCGCGAAACAGGCCGCUUCAAAUCGCAAAGCCUCGAACGUAGGCAAGUCGGUCAAGAAGGGUGGAGGUUUCCAAGCCAUGGGCCUAAAUGCGGCCCUUCUAAAGGCUAUCGCACAAAAGGGCUUCAAGGUCCCAACUCCGAUUCAGCGCAAGGCAGUGCCGCUUAUGCUUCAGGGCGAGGAUGUGGUAGGAAUGGCCAGAACCGGUUCCGGAAAGACGGCCGCCUUCGUCAUACCUAUGAUUCAAAAGCUCAAGGCGCACUCCGCAAAAGUUGGCGCGCGAGGAAUUAUCAUGUCGCCCUCCCGCGAACUUGCAUUGCAAACACUCAAGGUAGUCAAGGAGCUGGGUCGUGGUACCGAUUUACGAACCAUCUUGCUCGUUGGUGGUGACAGUCUUGAAGAACAAUUUAGCUCCAUGACCACAAACCCCGACAUCAUCAUUGCCACUCCAGGACGUUUCCUGCAUCUUAAGGUCGAGAUGGGCCUCGACCUCUCCUCGGUCAAGUACAUUGUUUUCGACGAAGCCGAUCGGUUGUUCGAAAUGGGUUUUGCUGCCCAACUUUCGGAAAUUCUUUACGCCCUCCCUGCCUCGAGGCAGACACUCUUGUUCAGUGCCACUUUGCCAAAGUCACUCGUGGAGUUUGCCCGAGCAGGUUUACAAGAGCCCAAAUUGAUACGUCUGGAUGCGGAAAGCAAGAUCUCGCCAGAUCUCAAGAGUGCUUACUUUACCAUCAAGUCGGGCGAUCGAGAUGGAGCUCUACUGUACCUCCUGGAUCACGUCAUCAAAGUCCCCGUAGGUGAGACUGACGCCGCAAAGAAGGCCCGAGAAGAGAGUGAGAAACCCAGCAAGAAGCGAAAGCGUAGUGAAGGUUUCGUCAAAGACCUUCCAGUUGCAGAGUCAACCAUUAUCUUUGCUGCAACGAAACACAGGGUAGAGUAUUUGGCCAACCUUCUUCGCAAUCUGGGAUAUGCCAUAUCAUAUGUAUACGGUAAUCUCGAUCAAACUGCUCGAAAAGAGCAAAUCCAAGACUUCCGAACUGGAUUGACCCGCAUCCUUAUCGUCACAGACGUUGCUGCCCGUGGUGUUGACAUGCCUCACAUCAACCAUGUCAUAAACUAUGACUUUCCGUCACAACCCAAGAUUUUUGUCCAUCGAGUCGGACGAACAGCACGUGCGGGAAGAAAAGGUUGGGCAUACAGUCUAUGCAGACACGUCGACCUACCCUACCUCAUAGAUCUACAGCUCUUUCUAGGCAAGCGCCUGCUUUUGGGGCGGUCGAGUGACGAGCCUAAUUAUGCAGAUGAUUUUGUUGUUGGGAGCUUGUCGCCGUGGCAGGUAGAGAGCUCCGUGGAGCAAGUCAACAGACAACUCAGCGAGGACGAAGACUUAGCGCUUUUACUAAGUGUUGCUGAAAAGGGUGAGCGACAAUACCAGCGCACACGCAACCAGGCAAGCGCACAGAGCGUAGUACGCGCCAAAGAACUAGCAUCGUCUCCUAAUUUUGCUGAAACGCACAUGCUUUUUAGCAAUGAUGCACACACCGCUCAAAGAGAGAAAGAAGACAUGCUCGCGAGGAUCCAGUCAUUUCGUCCCGCGGAAACAGUGUUUGAAAUUGGGAAACGCGGGAUUCAUAGCGAAACAGCUGAGAUUAUGCGCAAAAGAAGAGAGCAGGUUGAGCGUCAGAAAGCUAAACAGGCGGCUAACAAAAAGGAUGAAGAUGAGCUGGACACUCUUCAUGCUUCUUCAAGAGAAGCAAAUGACGAGGACAUGUCCUCGGAGGAUGAGGUUGAGGUUGCAGAGGGUGUCUAUGAUUCCGACUCGGACGAGCUCGAAGUGUCAGUGUCACAGCCGGCCUCGAAGAAGUCCAAGCAAGAUAGUUGGAGGAACGACGACUACUUCAUGUCGUAUACUCCCAAGGAGAACUUGGCCGAGGAAAAGGCAUAUGGAGUUAGCGGUGGAGAUGCUGGCAACACCAACUUUGUGUCUGCAGCACGAGCUGCAGAAAUGUCGCUGGUCAACGACGAAAUCCAAGGUUUCGCAGACGCAGUCAAGUCCAAGAUGCGGUGGGACAAAAAGUCCAAGAAGUAUGUCAACCGCACCAACGACGACGACGGAUCCAAAGGAGCCAAGAUGAUCCGCGGGGAAAGUGGACAAAAAAUUGCGGCGAGUUUCCGCAGCGGUCGUUUUGAUGACUGGCGCAAAGCAAACAAGGUCAAGAUGCCGAGGGUGGGCGAGAUGGAAUCCGCCAACCGCCCAGCGGCAUCUUUCAACAACGCACCUCGGUACAAGCACAAAUCGGAAAAGGCGCCGAAACAAGCUGACCGAUACCGCGACGAUUAUCAUGUGCAGAAGAAGCGGGUGGCUGAAGCACAGGAGAAGCGCGUUGGGGCCUUCAAGGACGGAAAGGGCAAGAGUGAGCUUCGGGAUGUGGAUACGGUGCGCAAGAACCGCAAAAUACAGGAGAAACGGCGAGAAAAGAAUGCGCGACCGUCGAAAAAGCGGAAACAUUGA